AUGGCGGAUUCUUGUUCUAGCACUCCAGCAAUCCCAUCGCUAGAUCUUUCCCCAUCCGAGCAAGAAACCGCGGCCAUCGUCGCGGCACUGAAAUCCUGCGGCCGCUCUAGGGAUCUCCAUCGCGGCAGGGCAAUCCACGCUCGCUUGCUGCAGCAGCGCGAUCGUCAGAGCUCCAAGGCAGCGCUCAUCCUCGCGAACAGCCUCAUCGACAUGUACGCCAGGAGUGGAAGCAUGGCCGACGCUCGCGACGUGUUUGAAGCGAUCAAGAUCCACAGCAUCGUUUCUUGGAACACCAUCAUCGGCGGCUACGCGAGCAAUGGCCAGGGCGAGAUCGCUCUGGAGAUGUUCUCAGCGAUGCCGUCGAUGAAUGCCAGGAGCUGCGUCGCCGUGCUGGAAGCGAUCAAAGAUCUCACCGCGAGGGAAGCUGGGAUGAAAAUCGAGAUCCAAGGCUUUGCACUAGUCAUCAAGAUCGUUUCCCUUGAGAGAACCAUGGCUCUCCACUCCAGGAUCGUGGAUGCGGGGCUUGAAUCCAACGUCUUCAUCGCCAACAGCCUGAUAGAUUGCUACUCGAGAUGUGGAAGCAUGCCCGAUUCCCAGCGCCUGUUUCAUCGGCUCCUCCUCCACAAUCUAGCUGACUUGGUGUCGUGGAAUUCGAUCAUCCUCGGCUACGUCCACAACGACCAGCCCAGAUUUGCCCUCGAGCUCUUCGAUCGAAUGAUCAAACGAGAGAGCUCCAUCUCUCCAAGCGCACGGACCUUCGUCGCGGUUAUCAAUGCGUGCUCCAGCCUUGUGACGAAGAACAGCGCCGAUCGAGAGCUUAGAUGCUGGUGUCUAGCGAGAGCAGUGCGAAUCACCACCACUCCAGAAGUUGACAACGACGAAUUCCUCCAGAACAGCCUGCUCGAUCUCUACGUGAAAUCUGGGGAGCUGGAGAGAGCCCGGGCGAUCUUCCAGAGGAUGAAGCGCCACACUCUCGUCUCCUGGAACGUGAUGAUCUUGGGCGUCGCGGAAGCUGGAGCAUCUCCCAAGCUUGCGAUCGAGCUCUUGGAUCAAAUGAGAGCUCGAGGAUUCACUCCAGACGCUGGAACUUUCAUUGCUGCGAUCAAGGCUUGUAGUAACAAUGGAUUCCUCGAGCCAGGAAAGAGCGUCGUCCAUUCUCUGGUAUGCCGCGCUGGCGUGGAGGCUGAGUCAGCAGUGGCCUGCUCUCUGAUUGGCCACUACGGCCGAUGUGGCAGCCCGCUGGCAGCUGAGCUGGCGUUUCACGCUUUCUCCAGCCCAGACAUGGCCGCCUGGAGUGCUCUCAUCGCCGCGCACAGCCAUUGCGUCGACAGCGAAGAACACGCCUUUCGAUUCUUCCGCCAGAUGCUCCAGGAAUCGAUCCGCCCCGACGAGAUCACGCUGCUAUCGCUCCUCUCGGCGUGUAGUCGAUUGGGGCUCGUCGAUCGAGCCAAGAAUCUCUUCCGGGAGAUGAGCGUCAAGCACGGGAUCGCGCCGAGGAUAGAGCACUACACUUGCCUGGUCGAUCUCCUCAGCCGUGCCAAUCAGAUUGAGGAAGCCAUAGCUGUGAUCGAAAGAAUGCCUGGAAAUCUCACGCCGAGCCUCGCGAUCUGGAUGGCGGUGCUCAGCGCCUGUCACAACAGGAAGAAUGUAGCGAUCGGGAGGCGCGCGUUUGAUGCGAUCCGGGAGCUGAGCCUUGGGAGCGAGGAGGAUGGAACCCUUGCUGCCGCCUACACGCUAAUGGCCAGCAUCCAUUCAAAUCGCGGCAUUCCCCCCACUGAAAUUAGGGUUCUUCCUCGUAGACGUGCGAUAGCAGCGCGUAAUUCGCAGGAUGUCUGGCUUGCGCCUCGAAUUUCCAGACGCUCCGUGCGGAUUCACUGGCUCUGGAGCGGUCGCCGUGGAUCCGGCUUCCUCCCAGUAGCGUCGUCCAAGCCACGGGAUCCGUCUCCCACACCGCGCGAGGAGAUCGAUCAUGCAGAUGUAGUGAUCUGGAGAGGCUGGGAUCGAGAAAUCCACGAUCAUACUCUGGAAAUUCUGGUGGCCGUCUUGUAG